AACAGCUUUCCAACAACAAUCCUCUCUAUCUAUCCAUACUUUCAAUACUAUCUCGUCUAUCCAAAUUAUUCAAAAUGCAAUUCACUACUACCAUCCUGAUGCUCGCCACCGCCAUCACCGGCGCCAUUGCCGCUCCCGGCGCUCUCGAGCAGAGACAAGACACCAUCGAGAUCAAGGCCUGCGAUGGACAGAACUUGGGAGGAACCUGCACCAAGAUUUCCAUCAAGACCCAGCAUGACUGCUUCAACCUGGAAGACAAGCCAGUCAACGACAAUGUCCACUCGGUCUCCAUCCCCCGGGGAUACCGUUGCCGCUUUUGGGAAACCGACCGCUGCAACGGCGGUGGCACUGGCGACAUCCAGUCCCCUGGAAGCGACAGCAUCUCCUCCAACCGUGUCCAGUCUGUCAAGUGCUACAUUAACUGAGCCACGGUCUGUCAGCAAUAGGCAAUGGAUGAGUAACGGGUUUGGCGAUUGCAGGUCUGGUACUCUUGGCUUAUUGAUGAUAGCCAGCUAUUCAGACGUUUGGAACAGUUGCUAAGAUAAGGC